GUACGAUGAUAGAUGUCAGAUAAACGUCAAAACCAUUCCAAAACGUAAACAAACCAGAAAAAAAUAGAUUUCGAAAACGCAUAUACCGUUUUUUAAAUUGAAAAACUAACAUACCUAAGCUGUAAAGUCUCAUGAACGAUUUGCAAAAAUAAUUCUCGCGAAUAUUAUGCCCAAUAUGCCCCAAGAAUACGAAUCCCGAGUACACACUCAUCUAGACGUAAACAAUGGACUGGACAGGGUGAGAGAACUGGUGCAUACACGACUAGUAGAAAGCGGUUGGCGCGACCAAGUGAAACUAGCAAUCAGAACUGCCCUGGCCGAGAAUAGCAGAAAUCAAGUGCCAACGGUGGACGAAUUAAUAACAACUGUGACCCCCAAAGCUAGGGCUAUGGUACCGGAUGCUGUCAAAAGGGAGUUACUUCAUGAAAUUGAGCUUAUUUUAACCAAUAUGGAAAAGACAGGGUAUAACAAGACCUUUGAAGACUGAUAAGUUAUUUUUUAUUUUGAUGUGCUGCUUAAAUUAUUGACAUUAUUGUUCGAGACUUCAUAACUCAGUAUUGUAAUAAUUAUUACUAUUUGAAAAUAUAAGAAAUAUGUAGAA